GAUUUUAUCAACAGCACCACAGGUCAUAACCCGAGGAUAUAAAUGUUAGUCGCUGGCCAGUGCACCUCAGUUAUAGUGGACUAUGGCUCAGCUAAGGCCAAAUUAUGUGGGCCUUGCCCUAGUUCUUCUCAUAGUGUUUCAAUCGGCUUCUGCCAUUGAUAAAUGCAAGACUGGAUGUGACGGACCAUCAGGACCAUUCAAGUUCACUCCUGGAACCACUUACAAAUACGAUUACGAUGGAAAAAUCAACAUUCUUGUUUCCACAGCUGAAGGGGAGCAAACUACAACUGAAGUCAAAGCUACAGUCCUCUUGACACAGCAAGCGGACUGCAGCCAAAUACUGAGACUGCAGAAUGUACAAAUCGUUGGACCAGAUGGCAAGAAACGUUCAGGAAUUCCGAACAUCGAUAAGCCAGUUGUCCUGAACAAUAACAAUGGCGCUCUGAACGAUUUCAUGUGUACGGACCCAGGAGACAAUCAAAACUCGCUCAACUUGAAGAGAGCCAUAGCCUCUCUCUUCCAGGCAAAUCUGGAAAAAAGUACAGAAGUGGACGUGUUCGGACAGUGUCCCACCCAUAUAUCGAAAAGCGUAGAUGGCGACAUCACCACGAUCCACAAAAACAAGAACCUGAACAAAUGUGCUUUCAGAGAGUCCAUCACCAAUGAUUACCUCUCAUCUACCUUCAAUAUCCAGAGCGAAAUUCAAGCAAGUCCCAUCCUGAACUCCAUCUUGGAUUCCAAACAAAAACUCAAGGCUGGAGUCUUGGACUCUGCUAACGUGGUGGAGAACUACUUGUUUGUACCUUUCUCAAUUGGCCAGAAUGGAGCCAAAGCUACAGUUGAAUCUAAGUUAACCCUAACAGGAACCAGCAAAGAUAUACCAUCCGUCAAAUGUUCAGUUCCAAAAUCUAUUAUCUUCGAGAACCCUCAUCCUGUAAACCUCGCAAAAACCAACAUGAACACCAUCCUCAAAAGUGUGAAGACACUUUCUGAGAAUCUUGGAGACGUUGUGCAGGAUAAGGCUGCAACAAACUUCAUCGGACUGGUCAAACUUCUAAGAGUCAGCAAGAAACCAGAUAUUCUUUCUGUUUACAACCAAAUCAGAUCUGGGUCUGGCUUCACUGACAAAGAAGCCAUUAAACAACUAUUUUUGGAUGCAGUCUUGGCUGCUGGAACCGGUGACACCAUCGAAGUAGCCAUAGAAUUGUUGAAAAAUAAGGAACUCAGUCCUAUGGAAGAGAGACAGUUGUUCUCGGGACUUCCCAGAGCUAGACAUGUCACGGAAAAUUCGAUUAAAACAGCAACAGACUUAUUGAACAGAGCUAACCUUCCUAAAGAAGCUUAUUUGGGAGUUGGGGCACUUGCUGGAAGAUAUUGCACACAUCACAAAUGCGAGAAGGUUGAUGUUAUAAAUAAAAUCAUACAGAAACUGCUGAGCAAACUUGGGGAUUUGAAGGCAGCGAACAGGAAGGAAGAAAAUGAUAUGAUCUUUGUUCUGAAAGGUCUGACAAAUAUUGGUUUCCUCAAUGACGCAAUACUUUCCAAGCUGGUGACUUUGGCUGAGGACAAAAAGCAACCGGCCAGACUUCGUGUGGCUACACUAGAAGCAUACAAAGCAGCUCCUUGUAAAGAUAAACUGAGGGAUAGUGCAUUGAAAGUUCUGAAGGAUACCCAACAAGAUUCUGAGAUAAGAAUCAAGGCCUACUUGGUGUUGACCGUUUGUCCAAACGAAAAAAUAGGAAAUGCCAUCAAAACCUUACUGGAAAAUGAAAAAAGCUACCAAGUUGGAGGAUACAUAUCAACCCAUUUAAGGAAUCUCAGAUCCUCAAUCAACCCAGAUAAGGCGCUUGCCAGAGCUCAUUUAGGCUUCGUGAGGGCUUCCAAUAAAUUUCCUUUUGAUCCGAGGAAGUAUUCUUACAACAGUGAAUUCUCCUAUUUCAUUGAUUCCAUUGGCGUAGCUGACAAUGUUGAAGCGGAUGUUAUUUACUCACAAAACUCGUUCCUACCCAGGUCACUUAACCUGAAUCUCACUUCUGAAGUGUUUGGACAUAGGUUCCACUACUUGGAAUUAGCAGCAAGACAGGAAAAUUUGGAGAGGGUGAUGGAGCAUUAUUUAGGACCACAAGGUGUUCUCAGGAAGGCCACCCUCCAACAGAACUAUGACAAUAUGGCCAAACCUAUCGCGAAUUUGCUGAAGAAUUUGAAGGAAAAAGUGGAUAAGUCACUAAGAGCUCGUCGAGAUGUUUCGAAAGCUGAUAUCGAUGCCAUCAAUAAGAAGAUCCAGAUUAAGGCCAACGAACUUGACAAGAACUUGGAUAUAGACUUAAGCGUGAAGACAUUCGGAAAUGAAGUUGUAUUCAUGAAUUCUUUCGAUAUCACUGAGAAAUUAUCCCCUCAAGGCAUCAUAGAUGGCCUUGUGAACAAACUCAACGAUGGACUCAACAGCCUGAAGAGUUUUGAGAAAGUUUUGAGGCUGAACUUGCUCUUCUUGGACGCUGAGCUCUCCUAUCCAACAUCUCUCGGUUUCCCUCUGAGAUUGGGGGUUGACGGUGCCGCCAACGUUCAAAUAAAAACCUCAGGAAACAUAGAUGUCCGUGAUAUCAUUUCCGAGAGCCCAGAUAACGACAUCAACCUGAAGAUCUCCUUGAUACCAAGCGCUGCCGUUUCCGUCAUCGGUAGAUUUACUUUAGAUACACCCUUAAUCGAGAAUGGUCUAAAGGUAGGAUCCACCCUCCACACAUCCAGCGGUGGAGAUAUUGAAGUGAAAACUUUCAAUGCAGCCAAAGGUCUGGAUGUCAAGUUCUCAGUUCCUGUCCAAAAACAAGAACUGAUUGGUUUGAGGCAUAGCAUCAUCUAUCAGACUAAGGAGAAUGGAGUAGUCACGAAUAAAAAUAUAAGAUUCACUCAGAACAAGGACUUUUCUAUAUGCGUGGACCAGUUGUCCCAAUUCAUCGGACUAGAGUUCUGUGCUGAUAUAAACGGUCCUAACCUAUCUGGUAAGAAAGUACCAGUACUACCCUUCCCUCUAUCUGGUAACGCCAGGUUGAGUGUAAGAAUUGAGAGGGGCGACAUUGACACAAUCCAUUAUAGGAGGGAGUUCAUAUCAAAAGAAGGCAAAAUUGGAGUGGAGGCUAAUCUGGAGACUUUGCGAAAUGGCAACCAAAAAGCUGCAUCAGUGAACGUUGAAGCAUACCUUUCACCUGAAAAAUACAUCAAAGUAAAUCUAAACUCUCCAAUUAAGAAUGCAGAAGGUGAAGCACGUUUAGUGUUCAAUGACAAAGAGAAGAUCCUUCUACUGUCGGUCAAGGACGAAAGUAAGGUCCUAUAUUCUGCCAAGGCUGGUCUACAAGUAGAUGGUGGUGCCGAUAAAACAAUCUAUAAUCCAAUUUUGCAAUAUACUACACCUCAAAACCAGGCACCACAAACUCCUCCCUUCCAUGUUGAGGGUAAGGUUAUUGCCGUGAAGACUGGCAACGACAUAAAAUACACUCUGGAUGGUUUAACUUUUGUUAUUCCAAAUCGCAAAAGCAUAGUCAUCACUGGAAACCUGGGCACAGAAGGACCUGCCUACUACUCAGAUCUUACAGCAUCCGAUGGAACUAUUUCUGGUUCAUUAGGAGGACGUCUAGAAACUCAAAAAGAUGUACUCAAAGUCCAGGCUGAAAUGAAGAACUCACUCAAACCAACGCUCAAUUUCAAUGUGAAAGGAGAAUUCAAGAAACAGGAGAACCCCGAUUUGAUCUCAAGCAACUUACAAAUCACUCAUGGUCCAGAUCUUCAGUCUAAAACUAACGUCCUCACUUUGAUCAACAGUUUGUCCGUCAAGAAUCCCAAGGAUCCAAAGACUCUCGAAAUAACUACCAAAAACAAGAUCACUUACCCCCUGGCCAAAUUAAACGGUAAAUUCGAUAUGGAAAAAGGACCAAAAUCUUUGCAUUAUGACACCUCUAUUCAGUACGGAGAUAUAAAGUUUGGUUCUGAGCUCAAGCUGAAGAUUAACACCAAAACAGUUGGAGAUUAUCAAAUGGAACUCGACGCCUACGACCUGAAGAAUAAAUUGGAAGUGAGAUCUAGUAGGCAAGUCGUCGGGCCUGAUGAUUCCAAGAUCAGUAAUUCGAUAGGUUUGAACAACAAGAAGUUGGAAAUUGGUGGAAAGGUUAAACAUCGUGUCAGGCCAGGAGACUUGAAUGUGGGUGGUGAUUUGACUGUGAAAGUACCAAACAAUAAGACCCCUCUGAAGGUUAAUGGGCAAGUGAAAAUAAAUCCGAGGGAAUUUGAUACACACCUCAAAAUUCUUGCUGGAAAAACCUCAAUUAUAGACUUACUACUCAAAGGAAAUCGUGUUGGUGAUAUAAACGGUCAUGCUAAGGUGAACCUGAAAGAUACCCUGACCGUUGAUGGACAAGUGUCCUCCAAGAAGGGAGUUGGUAAAGGAAACGCAGUUAUAGACUUCAAACAGCUGAAAAAAACAACCAAACUCGAUGCAACUUUCACUAUUCAGAGACCCAAAUACAAUCUGAAUUUGAACUUCUACCCAGUUUUCAAUGAGGACCCUAAGAAGAAAAUCUCUAUCGACACCAACAAUGAGAUCAGCGGAACAACUAUUCAUUCUAAGACAAAUCUCGAUCUUCUUGGCAAUCAAUUUGCCCUCAACGGUAACGCCCAACUUGGUAACUUACUCAACGGCAAGACCACAGCAGAUGUUGACCUCAGCUUACCAGGACCUCUCUACUUAUCUGGUCAGUUUGCUAGGGAUGCAAAAACAAAAGACGGCAGUAUUACUGGGGAAACAACAAUAUCCUUGGGACAAAGCACGGAUAAAGCUACACCUGGCAGAAAAAUAACGAUUAAGACUGUUACAAAGGACACCAACAUCAAGGAAGGUGUCGUCGAUGUCACAGUAAACUUUGCUGCUGAUAAUGCAGCAGGAAAGAAUGUCAAUAUGGAUCUCAGUCUGAAGAGGCAAAAAAGUGGGGAUAAGAGGAUCUUGAACUUCAGCAACAAAAUCACCAGUUCUGACUUAAGCAGCCCCAUUGAAGCUUCAUACAAUGCUGAAUAUUCAAAAACUGGCGGUAAUGUCGAAUUGAAGGCUUCCAUUGACCCUAAGGCUAACCUACAGUUGAACGGUAAAUUCAGCGGGGACACAUCUGCUGGACAAAAAACAGGUUCUGUGUCAGUUAAUCUGGCACUUCCAUCUGAAAUGCUUUCAAAUGUAAAAACAUCCUAUAAUUUGGCCAUAAAACCACCACAAGGAACUAGUCCAGGAACCUUAGAUCUCAGUGGAAAUCUUCAAACGAUUAGUAAUGUUCCAAAUCUCAACAUCGAGACAUCUGGAUCUAUCAACCUUCAAGGGGACAAAACAAGUGGAAAAAUCUCUGUCCAUGAAGAAGUUAAAAAACCUUGCACCUUAACCAUAGACGGAUCCGGUGGUUUCAAUAUGGAUCCCGAAAAGAAGACAGGAAGCAUAAACGGUAACUUGAAGGUCAUAUUGCCAAACAAGAACGUCAUCCAGGGAAGUGGUACACUUACAAGGAUAUCUCCGAAGGAGUACAACUUGGAGGCGUCUUUAGAUCUACCGACCAAAGCUCACAAGUCGAACAAGCUGACGGUCCAUACCAAACGGUCGGACAAAAAUGAUAUCAGCAGUCAAGCCACUUUGGAAAGUGAUGGACAAAAACAUACCGUGAACACCGAAUUGAGUUUGAAUCCUCUUGAUUCAAAGGUCGAUAUUCAGAUGAUUUGUCCUGAUGGUAAAUUAUCACAAAUUUCUGCUAACUUGCAAAGGCCCAGCAGCGACAGAAUGAUGGGAAAUAUCAAGAUUUUGAGUCAAGGCAAAGACUUCAUCCUAGAAGGAGGAAUCGACGUCAAUAAUGAAAGUCCAGACAACAUUUACCUCCAACUGACCGGAAACUGCCCCAAGCUGAACAUCAACGAUGUUGUCUUCAAAGUCGGUGGCAACACCAACCCUGACAAGAACACCGUUAGCGUACUUCUGACCUCAGCCGGAAAGAACGUGAUAUCUGGAGAUGCCAAAAUUUCCAACCGCCAGGAACAAGGCAAGAACAUCAUUGAAGGCUCGGGUGACUUCAAGGUCGGAACAGAGAACAAGUCUGGAAACUUCAAAUACAUCAGAACAGUCUUGACUUCCGACAAGAAUGGCGAGAAUGGAAACGAAAUCUCUUUCGAUGCUACCAUCGGAACAAAAGCAAUAGACGCUGAACUCAAAAUUACCGACAAAGAAUUCAGAUACUUGUAUUCUUUCUGUGAAGCCUCCAAGCAAUGUGCUCAUGUAGAGAUCGACGCCAAAACGACCACAAACGAAAUUGCACGCUACGAUGGCCAAAUUGAGGUUACCAUCGAUUUACGAGUACUGGGACUACCAACCGAGUUUGGACUGAAAUCGGUUACCCACAGGGAUCAUUUCUUAUUGGACCACACUGUUGACGUACAUUUCGAAAAUGCUGCCAACAAAUACCAAUAUAGUUUGUCAAUCCAUCCAUCCCAGUUCGAAAUCUCACUGACCACACCGAAUAGGGUUAUUUCUUUGGAAGGAACAGCAACUUUACCUAGUACCAAUUUGAAGAACGGUGGAAAGGCUUCAGGAGAAAUAGCUUUCUACACUGAUAAGAAGAAUAACCCCAAUACUAAGUCUUCUCUUACUGGAAACGUAAAUGUUGACGUCCAAAAGAGAACAAUCGACGCUGAAGCUCAACUGAAUAUAGUGAAUAUGAAAAAGCCUUUCAUCAUCAAAUAUACCAAGACAGUACCUAAACCUGACCUAGCAUCAUCGGGAUCACAAAAACUGAUAGUGGACAUCUUCGCAACUCCAGACCAAAAAAUAAUAGCUACUCAAACCUACUCCAUUCAGUACGAUAAGAACACUCACAAGACUCAAGCACAGAAUGCGGUAUCUGUGAAGAGUACCGGUUUAAGUCUGGACGUCGCUAUCAACCAUAAUGCUCUAUUGGACCCUAAGGCCCUCACUGCCAGCUUGAAAGCAAGUGGUGUAUUCGCUCUGAGCCAAAACAAAUACGAAAACCUCUUAAAAUUGGCUGCCUCCACCAAAGAUGCCAGUCUUCUGAUCAAGAUUCUGAACAACGUCAUUCUUGAUAUACAGUCGAAUAUUGCAUUCCAGAAAGGUCAGAUUGAUGUCAACUCCCAAGUGAAUGGCCUUGGAUUCGAACCAAUUGAAGCUGAUUUACAGAUCAAGAAUUACAAUAGUGUUACACUCACAAGAUUCCUCAAGAACAAUCCUAACGAUAAACUCGUGGUCAAAGCGGCUGUGACACCAGGUCAAACAGCAGAGGCUGUUAUCGAACAGCAGACUGGAGGAGCCACCAAACCACUUCUCCAACUUUCCAUCGACCUAAGUGACAAAAACUUCUUGAAACCCACGUUCAACGUACAAGGAGAUCAAUUGAAAGAACUUUCUUCUAAGAUAAGGACAAUUGCGGCUAAACAGUUGGAACAAACGGCCGAUAAAGUCAAGGAAAGUGCAGCAGCAUUAAAGAAUGAUGGCGGUGCACUAUUAGAUAAAGCUAAGAACUCUAUUCCAGAUGCCACACCAUCUGUGCAAUUUUACCAAAAGGAGGCAGCAACUUUCAAACAAGAACUUGCUGCAGACAAAACUCUGCAAAACUUGGCUCAGUUGAUGGAUAAUGUCUUGAACACGGUCAUAAGUGUGGUAAGCAAGGUAGUUUCCGCAAUGUCUAAUAUUGUUGGACGAACUAUACAAGCCGUCGUUGGUGCAGUCACAGAUGUACUCAGCCACAUAAAAACAGCCCUGCUUCCAAAACUCCAGGCUCUUGCCCAAGCACUUCUGGAAUCAGCGAAGAAUAUUCUGGAUAAACUCGUUGAUAUUGCAGCCAACCUGAUUGUUAAAGGGGUUGAGAUUCUGAAAGCUAUCGAACCUCAGUUAGAAGUUAUUCUUUCAUCAGUCGCUGAAAUUCUAGAAGACGUUAUGAAAGCCAUAGUUGCAACUCUGGAGAACAUCAAGAACACAAUCAUUCAACAAUUGAAACAUCUACAGCAAGAACUCAAGAGUUCUCCAAUCAUUUCGGAAUUGAAGGCGCAAUACCAGGAUAUCAUUAAAAACGGACUUCCAUCUCAAGAUGCUAUCGUGAACACCAUCAGGGCAUUCUUCGGUGCACUCAGGGAAUUGGUUCCACUUCCUGAAUUACAACAGAUACUGGAUCAAACUGAGCAAUAUUUGGAGAAGAGGUUAACAAAUAAACCUGUGGAUGAUGUAGUGGAAAUACGAAGAAUAGGUGGAUCCAUCCUUCAGCUUGCUACUAAAGUCUCUGGGGCAAUAGCCAAGGAAAUAGUACCAGAAAUUCUCAAGAGUUCCAAGCUACCAGGAGUCAACUUCGAUCUGCUCAGAGGAUUGCCUAGUGUUGGUACUGCAAGAAUUUCGGUUGUGAACUACCUAUUACGUGAAGACGUGACACCAUUAGUCAGAUUCCUACUACGUUUAAUUGUUACACCACGAGAUUUCAUAAUUCCUGGUGAACUUUCCUCUAUUGUGGCCUUAUCCGAGGUAUUCACUUUCGAUGGAAGGAUUUUAUAUUUGCCUGGCGAUAACUGCAACUACUUACUAGCAGCGGAUGCUGUGAAUGGCAACUUCUCAAUUGUUGGAACAUACCAGAACAAAAUUUUCAGUGCUGUAACACUAACCGACAAAACCGGUUCCUUGACUCUUACCAAAGACAAACUUCUGCUGGAUAAUGUUGAAGUUGAUAUACCAGUUCAAAAAGGAAAUCUGAGAGCAUACAGAACAAAAGCCUUCUAUUACCUGGAAAGCAGAGCUGGUGUUCAAGUUUUAUGCGAAAUUAACUUAUUGGGCUGUGACAUAAACGUAUCUGGAUUCUACAGAGGUCAACUCAGAGGUUUGUUAGGUAACGGAAACAAUGAACCUCACGAUGAUGGCACCCUUCCAAACGGAAAAAUUGUGGACAAAUUGACUGAGAUUGCUUCGGCCUACGCAGUAGGAGCACAAUGCGCGCCAGUUCAAAUGAAGGAAAUCGAUGAACCUAAGAGUGAUCCAGAGUGCGAGAAGAUGUUCGAUUAUGAAUCUCCUUUGAGGUUAUGUUAUCCAUUCGUUGAUCGUAAACCUGCCAAGAGGGCUUGCGAUUAUGCCGCCGCUCAGGGAGAUAAGGACAUCCAUAGAAUGAUCGGUUCCCUUUAUUCCUACCUCUGUUAUAAAUCGAAUAUUCCAGUGGAGAUGCCAGCAAGUAUAAGCGAACAAUGUACUAACUCUUUGGCGCCUAGAAAGGUAGAUGAGCAAUUCAACAUCCAGCUUCCUGGAAAAUCAGCAGAUGUACUUCUCUUGGUCAGCACUGACAAGGACAACGAAGCUCUUUACACUGAGUAUGGGCAGUCACUGAUGACGGCUAUCACCAACGAAUUCAAGGCCAAAGGAAUAGACGAUGUCGUAUUCCAUUCCAUCGCAUACGGCGGUGCAAACCAACAGCCUUCCUUCGUCACAGUUGGAGGAUUGACGUCAUUCAAAGACAAGGCGCCAGCAUUCAAGUUCAGCGAGUCGCCAAAACCACAAAAAUUGGUUACAGGAAUCACGGACCUAGACAGAGUCAUCGGUUUUAUCAGAACCGUCAUCCACGACCUAAAAUCCCUGCUUGGUCUUACUCUGGAGAGCAACACUUACACUGACGCCAUCAACUACCCCUUCAGGGUUGAAGCAAUCAGGACCACUGUGGCUAUAACCAGUGACCCUUGCGAACACUCGUUGGGUAUUCCUGUUGAAGUUGCAAAGACCAUUCUCUUCAACCGAAAAGAUAUAAACAUCAAUUUGAUAGCUCCAACUAAAGACUUCAAGGUUAAGGAUCCUCAAACUACAAAGGGAGUCAUAGGUUUCACGUCAGAAAAUGUGAUAACUCUGAGCGAAGCCGCUGCUAAGCCUACAGGAUCUCCCACACUUCAGAAAUCUAUGACCUACAACGACCUCUGCUCAGAUUAUACUGUUGGUGUCGGUGGUAAUGUCUUUGUAUCGACCAACCUUUUAGCAAACAAGGAUAAAAAAGACCAGAUAUCUCAAAUAGUGGCUAAGAAUAUUGUUAGCAGUGCGACCAGUAGGAAAAUUCAAUUGGAAUGUAGUUGUGCUUACUCCUUCAAGCAUCCAGUCAACCCUUACAAUCAUUGUAAACCAGUGGAUAUAAAAGAAGCGUAAGUACUAAGUGAACACAAAGGACUCAACACUAACCACCAUCUACUGUUCCAUAUUUAUUUUCACAAGUAUUUUAAAUGUUGUAAAUAAGAUUGUAACUUACAAUAAAACACAAUUUCCUAUUUGGAUAUUCGAUUCUA